AUGAAUUUUUCUAAUGAAGGUAAUAAUAUUAAAGAUAGUAAUAACUCAAAAUUAAGAAAUAACAUUGAAAAUAAUUUUAUUUUUAAAACAAUGGGUUACAAUAACACUAGUGAUAAUAACGAGAAAGAUAGCAUGCUAAAUGAAAAAAAGGGGAUAAACGACCUAAAUUUCAAUAUAAAAAUGGAUAACCUUAAAACUUCUAAUAAGAAAAAUGUUUUUUUACAUAAUUCAGAUCAUUUUAACAAUUACAAAAAAUUUUCUGGUGAUUUUAAAAAUAGUAAAAAUAUAUACUUGGAUGUUCCUUAUACUGAUUUAAACGAAAAUAUAAAAGAUACGUAUUACACUCAUGAUAAUAUUAAAAAUAAUGAAUUAGAUACUGUAAAAAAUUUUAAAGAAAAACAUAAUAAUAAUAAUAAUAAUAAUAAUAAUAAUAAUAAUAAUAAUAAUAAUAAUAAUAAUAAUAAUAAUAUAAAUUAUAAAAACAAUGAAAAAAAAACAAACAAUAAAAACAAUGAUAAUAACUUAAAUGAUAUAAAUAUUUUUAUAGAUUAUAAAAAAAAUAUUAAUAAAAUGAAUGACAAUUCAAAGGAAGAAAAUUGUAAUAGUAUUAAAUUAAAUAGUGAAAAAGAUUAUGAAAAUGAAUUAAAAAAUUUACCCAAUGAUUUAAUUAAUCAAAAUAUUUCUAUAUCUUAUAUUAAAAAUAAUAAAUAUCAAUGCAAUAAAAUAAAUAGUGUUAAUAAUAAAAAUAAAUUAAAUAAUAAUAGUAAUGAAGAUUCAUCAGAUCAAAUAAUAGAAAAGAAAAAUAAUUCUUAUGAAUUUGAAUUAAUGAAUGAUAAAAUUAAUAAUAACUAUAUAGAAAUGGAAAAUAAAAAAAAUGAAUACUUUCGUAAAGAAAUAGAUUUAAUAAAUCAUAAAAAUAAAGAAGGAAUUUUAAAAAAAGAAACAAAUUCAAAUAAAAUAAAAGUUUUACAGGAAGAAAAUAAUUAUGAAAAGAUAAGUAAUCAUGAAAAAGAAUAUAAUACUAAAGAAAAAAACAACACACAAAAUAUAAAUAACAUAGAAAAAAUAAAAAGCUCAAAAGACUUAAAAAAAAAAAAUUAUAAAAUUUCAAAUGAAAAUAUAAUCCAAUAUAAUGCAUAUAAUAAUGUAAAUGAAGAAAAUUUUGAAAAGAAAAAUCUUAAUAUAAGUAACUAUGAAAAAAAUAAUUUUUAUCAUUUAAAUACAAAAUUAGAAAUUGAAAAUAAUAUGAAGAAUAAAAAAAUUAUCUUAAAUGAUAUUAGCAAUAUGGAAGUAUUAAAAAAAAAAGACAAUUUAUUUGUAUCUUCUUACAGUGAAAUUAAUAGAAGUAGUAAUAUUAAUGAUAGUGGUGAUAUAAAUAAUUAUAACAACAACAAUAAUAAUAGUAGUAGUGAUAGUAAUAUUAAUGAUCAUUAUAUAAAUAAAAAUAAUGAGGAAGUUUAUGAUAGAUGUGAUGAUAAUAACAAAAAUAAUAAUGAUAAAAGUAUUAACAAAAUGAAGAAAAAUUCAGAUUUAUUAUAUGAUGCAAUAAAUGUUAUGACAAAAAAUGAUAUUAAUUCAUCAAAUAGUAUCAUUAUUAAAGAAAAGGAUCAAAAUGAAAAAGAAAAAGUUGAAGUGAAAAAAAAUGAUGAAACAAGUGAAUACAAUGAACAUUUAAAGGGGUAUUUUAAUGGUGAUAAUCAUUUAGCUAAUGAAGAAAUUUUCGCAAAUCAAAAUAUAAUUAAUUUAAAUACUGAAAAACUAAUGGAGAUAAAAAAUGGGGUAUCAAUAGAAAAAAAUAUAUAUAUGAACAAAAAUUUUAAUAACAUUUUCGACGAGAGAAAAGGAUUAGAAGAAUUUAAUUUUAUUGAGAAAAAAAAUAUGAAUAAUUUUUUACAAUUGAAAAAUUUAGGAAUUAAUACUAAUAACAAAAAUUAUGAUGGAACAACAAUAUUAUCAAAGGAAAAGAUAAAUAAAAAUAAGUUAAAUUAUAAUAAAAGGAAUGACAAAUUAUUAGAGAAUUUAAAUAUUGGUAUUCCUACUAUUAACUGCAAAAGUCCUUUAAAUGAAAAAUGCAAUUUAAACAAUUUCUGUGGUGACAAUUUCAUUGAAUCAUUAAAAUUAUCAGAAACAAAUAAAGCUAUUAAAAAUAUAGAACAAGAAAAAUUAUUACAAUAUUCUGAAAUAAUAAAUUUAGAAAAUAAUAAUAUUUUAUCUAAAAAUGAGAAUACGUAUGAAUUAAAUCGCAAAAACUCCUUAGAAGAAAUAACAAAUAAUGAGCUAAACGAAUUAUCUGACAAAGUAAAAUUAUCUUUAAGUGAAACUAACAUUUUAUGUGAUGAAAUAAAAAUUUUAAGUUGUAUUGGUAAUGAAAAAAACUCUUUAUUAAUUAGAGAUAAAAUAAAAUCAAAUGAAAGAAAUUCUACAAAUAGAAAAAAAAGAAUAAAUAAUUUAGAGAAAAUUUCAAAUUAUGAUAUAACAGAAAUGAAUGAAGAAAUCACAAAAAGAAAAUUAUCAAAUAAAAAAGAUAUCAAUAAUAUAGAAAAAAGUGUUGAAAAAAUUCUAAAAAACAGAGAUAUAUAUAAGAAAGAAGAAAGAAAAAUGGAUAAAAAAGAAAAAUCGGAUUAUAAUGAAAAAAAAGGAAAAAUUGAAAAAGUAGAAAUAGUGGGUAAAGAAGAAAACAAUAUCAAAAAAUUAAAUAUUAGCAUAGAAAAGUUUUCUGGUUUAACGGAUUUAAAAAAAAAAAAAAAUGAAAAAAGUUUAAUUGAAAAUUCAAAAGAAAGGACAAAAAAAGAAAGGAAAAAUAGAAGCAAAAAUAAAAUUGCAAGCAUAGAAUUUUUAAAAGAAAAUAAUGAAAGAACUAUAUGUAGUAAACAAAAUUUUAAAGAGAAUGUAUUUGAAAAUUGCAUUAUUAAGAACAACAAUCAAUAUGAAACUAAUAACUUGGAUAAUGAAAUUGAUAGUAUAUAUAAAUCAAGUAAAAAUGAUUAUUUUUUAAGGGAAGAAUUAAAUACAAAUUUAUUUAAUCCUCACAUUUUAGGUAAAGAAAUAGAUAGUGUUUUUAAAGGAGAUAACAAAGUAGUUAAAAACAACAAUUUUCUUAUAAAUAAAGAUAGUAUAGAUAUCAAUAGAUGUAAAGAAAAUUAUUUAAAUGUAAGUAUAGAAAAUGAAAAAAAUAAUAUGCCAACUUAUUGUGAAUUUAAUAAUAAUUUUUUAAAGAAUAUUGUAGAAAGUAAUAAUAAAAAUAUAUAUUUAAAUGAAAGAAAUAUGUCUGUAUGUAAAAUAGAUAAUAACUUUACAGAGGUUAACAAAGAAUUAAUAAACUCAAAUUACAUGAAUUUAAAUAACUCUAAUGAAAUAUAUUCUGUUAAUUACAAUAAAAAUAAGAAGAGAAGUGGAAUACCACUAAAUGAAAGAAAAUAUUAUAGGAUAUUAGCAAAACAAAUGGAGAAAAUACAAGGACUAACUUUUGAUCAUAAUCAAAUAAGAUGGAUCGCUUAUUGGAAGAAUGAAAAUAAUAAACAAAUUCAAAAACAUUUUCCUGUGUGUAAAUAUGGCUUUUAUAAGGCUAGACAACUAGCUUUAGAAUUUCGUAAUUCAAAAAUAAAUAAUAAAGAAUAUAAUAUUAUCAAAAAAAAUAAUGAAUUUCCUAAUAAUUUAAUUAGUAAUAAUAAUGAAACAAAAAGAAAAAAACGUAAUACUUCCAAUAAAAAUUCUGUGAAUUGUAGUAUAAAUGAAAACAUCAGUAAUAAGAAUAAUAAUAAUACUUAUAUAAAAAAGAAUUAUGAAAAUAAUAAUGAUAGGAUUAAUAUUAAAAAUAAUAUAAAAGAAAAAAAUAUAGAUUAUUACCUUAGUAAAAAUAAUAUGAAAAUAAACAAUUAUGAAAUGACAUUUGGAACAAAUAAUAAUAAUAAUAAUAAUAAUAAAGAAAAUUACAAAGACAAAAAUAUGGAAUUUAGAAAGAUAGACAAAAAGAUUAAUGCUGAUAUAGAUUUAUUAAAGAAUUCAAAUUAUAGAGAAGAAUUGAAUAAUAAUAAUUUUUAUGAUCAUAAACUUUUUAUACAAAAUUCACCUAAAAAUGAAAAAAUACUUAAUUUAAAUCACAUAAAUAAUUUAAAAUAUGAAAAAAAAAUAUUUAAUAAUAUAGAACAAUCUAAAAAUCAGGAUAAUAUUUCUUGUUUUAAAAACACCUGUAACUCAAUUAAUAAUAAAAAAUCUCUAGGUUUUAUUAAUAAUCAGAUGAAUAAUAAUUUUUAUGAGGUAUAUAAUAUGAAUAACAUUUAUAAUGACGAAAAUUCUAAUAAUUAUAUAGAAUAUAAUGAUGAAAAUAAAUUUGACUAUUUAAAAAGUUACAACAUUAGAAAAAUGAAUUUAAACACUAUUAUUAAUAAUUUAAAUAAUAUGUAUGAAAACAAUCUAGGUAAUUCAGCACUUUAUUAUAAUGAUGACAAUAAAUCAGAUAUAAAUAAAUUUAAUAAAAUAAUGAAAAGUAAAAAUUUAUCUGAUAAUAUUUCCACAUACAAUUUAAAUAACUUUCAAAAUAAAAAGGAAGAUUAUGAUUUAAAUAUUCUAAUUAAAAUGACAGACAACACUAAUAAUGCAAAUAAUUUGAAAUAUGAUAAUUAUUCAAAUAAUAUUAAUCAAUUAUAUGGAAUAAACAUUUUGAAUGAUUCAAAUAGUGCAACACAAUUAGAUAUCAUUAAUAAUGUAAAUAUGCCAAACAUACAUAAUUCUAUGAAUAAUUAUAAUUUUAAUUACUUGAACUAUUUAAAUAACAUGAAUAUAAAAAAUGAUAUUAAUCAUAUAAAUGCUAUAAAAGAUAAUAACAGUGAAUUUCAUAAUAUAACAAAAUUAUAUCAAACUAAUUUAAAAAAUAUCUCAAAUAAGGAUUGGAAUAUAAAAAAUGAAGCUUAUCAUUAUUAUAUUCAGGAGAAAUUAAAAAAUAAUAAUUGCUUAAAUGGGAAAGAAGAAAUAAUAAUUAAAGGCAAUGAAGAAAAUACAGUAAAUAACAAAUUAAGAAGUAUAUAUGAGAAUUCUUAUUUUUUGAAUAAAAAUAACAUGGAUAAUGUUAUUUUAAAAAAUGUUAAUUUGGCAAAUAAAAGAGUGAAAAACAAUGCAAUACUUAAUAUAGAUAAUGUAAAUAACAUUUUUAUGAUAUCAAAUAAUGAUGAUAUGUUGUAUAAUAAUGAAAAUAUAAAAUUAAAUUUAUAUAAAAAUGAAAGAGGAGAAAAAGAUAUAUAUGCUUUAACUAGAGCUUCCACAGCUUCUCACUUUUCUGAGCAUUUAAAUAGUAUAGUAAAAAUGAAAAAAAAUAUUAAUUUUGAAAAUAAUAAAAUAAAUAGUUAUUUAAAUAAUGGGGAAUUUUCAACAAAAGAAAAAACUAAUUUAGAAGAAGUUUAUGAAGAGGAAAAUAUGAAUAAUAAAGAUAUCAAAAAUCAAAACACAAGAAAAGGAAAAAUAUUAGGUAAAAAAAAAAUUGAUUCAAGUGAAAAAUACAAAAAUAUUUCUAAUGAAAUAAAAAAUAUAUUAACUAAUGAAAAAGAAAAAAAAGAAAGAAAAAGUGGAAAAUUAAAAAUAAAUCAUUUAUAUAAUAAAAAUAAUGUAGAUGGUUCUAUUUCUAUUAAAAACAAAGAAAAAGCUACUAAAAGUUUUAGCAAUAUAUUUUCAAAUUGCAGUAGUAAUAUUACAGUAGAAAAUGAUAUAAAUGUAGUAAAUAAUAAUCCUUAUAAUGAUGAUAAUCAUUAUAACUGUAAUAACAUGUAUAAUUCAAUUAACAUUAAUAAUUUUGAUUAUAAAUGUAAUAAUAAUAGAAAUAGUAAUAAAGAAGUAUCCUAUAAAAAAAAAUUAAACAUACUAGAUACUACAUAUAACAUAAAUGAAAGAGAUGAUAAUAAAAUAGUAAAUGAAGAAUUUAAGUUAUACAAUUCUAAAAAUACAAACAUUUUAAAAAAUACUAAUGACAAUGAUGAGCUAAAUACAAGCAUAGAUAAAAGAGGAAGUAAUGAUAUGCAUUAUUUAAAAAAAAAAAAGAAUGGAAAAAGAAAUAAAAGAAAAUAUAUAAUUAAUAUUUUUACGAAUGAGAACAAAAAUACUAAUUUAAAAAGUGGGAUAGAAAAAAAAUUAAAAAAAGAUAAUAACAAUUGUAAUACUGUUGAAAACGAUAAUCCAAGCUCAAUAAAUAGUAAAAAUAAUGAUUUAAUAUUAUUAAAUAAAGAAAAUACUAAUAAUAGUGAUUUAAAUAGAAAAUCUAAAAAUGAAAAAAAAUUAAAAAAAUUUAUUAACAAACAAUCAAAAUUUGGGAAACAUUCUAAUAAAUUAAAUCAUUUUAAAAAAAAUUCUAAUGAAGAAAAUAUAAAUUAUUAUAAUGAAAUAAUGAAAAUGCCUAAAAUGAAAGGUGUGCAUUUUGAUAUUAGACAAAAAAGAUGGUGUGCAUAUGGAUAUAAAAAAAAAGAAUGCUUUUCUGUAUAUAGAUAUGGUUUUUUAAUAGCUAGAGAAUUAGCAGUUAAAAGUAGAUUAAAAGUACAAAAAAGAAAAAAUAAUUUAAAAUUAAAAAAAAGUAAAAAUGAGAUAGAUAUAGAAAAUAAAAAAAAUAAUAUAUCAAUUAAAAAAUAUACAAAAAGAAUAAAUAACAAAUGUCAGAAUAAAAAUGAUGAUAAAUGCAAUAAUAAAUUUGAUAAUAAUGAUAAUAACAACACAAAAAUUGGGGAAAAUUAUGCAUGUGAAAUUAUUAAAUAUGAAAACCAUAUGGAUAAUAAUAUACUUAUAAAAAAUGAAAAUAAUAAAGGAAGUGAAGUUGAUUUAAAUUUUUAUAAAAAUGAAGUAAAUAAUUUAAAUGAAAAAAUUAAUAAUAUAUAUAAUUCAAAUAAUUGUGAUAAUGUUAAUAAUUUAAAUGAUAAGAAUUGUUUUAACUAUAUAAAUGAAUCAAUUAAUACAAAUGCCUUUAUAGAUACAGAUAAUUUUAGUGGUGGAAAUAAUUUUGAUAAUAGAAAAAAUUACUAUGAUAUAAAUAAUUUUACUAAUAUAAAUAAUUUUAAUAAUAUAAAUAAUUUUAGAAACUUAAAUACCUUUAAUAAUACAUACAAUAUAAGUCAAGCUAACAAUUUGAAUGAUAUGAAUAAUUUUAAUAACAUAAAUUACUUAAAUAAAGUGAGUAAUUUUCACGAUUCUAACAACAUUAAUGUAGCAAAUAUUUUUACUAAUAUAGAUAAUUUUAAUGAUGCACAUAAUCUUGUAAAUAAUAAUUUAAUUGACAAAAAUAAAUCAAUUAACACAAAUAAUAUUAUCAAUUUAGACAAUUUUGACAAUAAUAUUGUAAAAAGGGAUUAUGAAGAACCUUAUUUGUCUAAUAAAAAAGUAAAUUUAAAUGAUUUACCACCGUUAAAUAAAUAUACUAAAGAGAAUAGAAUAUUAUAUUUAAGAAAAAAAUGUAUAAUUGAUAAUAGAAAUAAUGAUAAAUUAAAUAGUUUCAAAAGUGAAGUAAUUAAUACAGAAAUUUACUAUAAUGUUCAUGAUAAAGAACAAAAAAAAAAUAAUUCUAAAAAUUUUAUUAUUGAAUCUAAUCUUUUUCCUAAUGAUGAUAGUGUAACCAAAUUUUCAAAAAAUAAUAAAAGUGAUUUGAAAAAAAAUACGUGUGAAAAUAAUGAUAUAAAUGUUCAUAACAAAUUCGUUUAUAAUAAAAAUGAAAAAAGUUGUUCUUCGAGUAGCUUAAAUAUUAUAACUAAUAAAAAUAUUAAAAAAGAAAAUAUAAUUUGUAAAAUUGAAGAGGAAAACCUGAUUGCAGACUAUAAUUUUAAUUUGUCUUUUAAUAUUAGAGAGAAAAUUAAAAAUAUACAUGAUGGUAAUAAUAAUGAUAAUAAUGGUAAUAAUAAUGAUAAUAAUGGUAAUAAUAAUGAUAAUGAUAAUAAUAAUAAUAAUGAUAAUGAUAAUAAUAAUAAUAAUGAUAAUGAUAAUGACAAUAAUAAUAAUGAUAAUGAUAAUAAUAAUGAUAAUAAUGAUAAUAAUGAUAAUAAUGAUAAUAAUAAUAAUAAUGAUAAUAAUGAUAAUAAUAAUAAUGGUAAUAAUAAUAAUGGUAAUAAUAAUGAUAAUAAUAAUAAUAAUAAUAAUGAUAAUGAUAAUAAUAAUAAUAAUGAUAAUGAUAAUAAUAAUAAUAAUGAUAAUAAUGAUAAUAAUGAUAAUAAUGAUAAUAAUAAUAAUAAUGAUAAUAAUGAUAAUAAUAAUAAUGGUAAUAAUAAUAAUGGUAAUAAUAAUAAUAAUAAUAAUAAUAAUAAUAAUGAUAAUGAUAAUGAUAAUGAUAAUGAUAAUGAUAAUAAUAAUGAUAAUAAUAAUGAUAAUAAUAAUGAUAAUGAAAAUGAAAAUGAUAAUGAAAAUGAAAAUGAUAACAAAAAUAAUGAUAAUAAUAACAAAAAUAAUAGUAAUAAUAAUAGUAAUAAUAAUAAUAAUAAUAUAUUAAAUGAGAAAUACUUUUACAAUCUAGAAAACGAGGGAAUACAUAUGGUUGACAAUUCAAAUAUAAGUGAUUUAUCAUACAUGAGUAAUAUUCACAAAAUAGAUAUGCUAAGCAUAAAUGAAUUAUUUGAUAUAAAUAAGAUAUCUCAAUUAAAUAAUAAAUAUACAUUUAAUUAUUAUAAUAAAAAUAGAAUUAUGCAAAAUGAAGAGGAUAUCAAUGAAAAUUAUUUAAUUAAUUAUGAAAAGAAUGAAAAAGAAUUAUAUGAAGGAUAUCUAGGGAUAAAAGAAAAUACUUUUAUUGGUAAUAAGAAUUAUAAUAAUAAUAUAAAUAGAAAACUGGUUAAUAAAAAAAGUUUCUCUAAAAAAGAUGUACACUACUCUUUUAUUAAUAAAAAAGAAAAUAAAAACUUAUAUAAUUCUGUGAAAAUAAAGGAAAACUCAGAGAUGAUAGAACAAAAACAUAUAAAUUUAAAGAAUUGCGAUAAUUAUUCUUUUAUUCAAAAGGUCUAUUUGAAUCCCAAUAAUUUUUUUUUUGAAAAUAAAGAGGAAACAUAUGAUAAAAAUAAUAAAGAGAAUUUUAUUAAUUCUUUUUUAAAUGAUAAAUAUUGUCAUGUUAAUUCAUUUGAAUACGAUAAGAAAAUUAAGUUAGAAAAUUUUAAUAACAGUAAAAAAGAUUUUUCUUACAAUAAUUAUGAUAAUUAUGAAUUAAAGGUAGAUAGAGAUAAUACAAAUGAUGAAAAUUUUUUAAACAAUGAAAAUAUAGAACUAUCAUUUAGAAAUUCACAGAAAUAUUUUAAUGAAGUCAAUAUCAUUCCCAAAAAUAUGAAAAAUAAUACGAAAGAAGAAUUUCUAAAUGAAUGUUUAUCUGAUAAUGUAUUUCUAUUAAGGAAAGAUUAUGAAAAUAAAAUGGGUAGUAAAAUAAAUAAUUUAAGUAAUUUAAAAAUAAAUAACUAUUCUUCUUAUACAAAUGGUAAUAAACAAGUUAUCAAUAACUUUCCAUUUGAAAAUUUUGAAGAAUUAAAUGAAAAUAAUAAUUAUGUAAAUAACUCUAAUUGUCAUUCACUAAAUAGAGAAUACAAAAAUGAUAACAAGAGAAACGUAAGAUUUAACAAAAACAAACCACGUGAAAAAAAUGAUAAUAAUUUUAGAGGUAUUAGAAAUGAUGAAAAAAAAGAUGACAUCGAAGAAAUUGAAAAUUUAUGUAAUCAGAACAUUAACGAAUAUAAAAUAAACGAAAAGAGUGAUACUUUUAAUAAAAACAGUAAUACUAUUAUAAUUAAUAACGGGUUAAGUAAAUCUUAUAUGGAUUUUAAUGAAAAUGAGAAUAUAUUAAAUCACAAUGGAAUAGAUCAAGUAAAAUUAAAUUGUUACAAUUAUGAAGAAAUAGAAAACGAUAUAAAUUAUACAUAUAGUAACGAAAAAUUUAAAAUAAAAUCUCAUAAUGAUAACUUGAAUGAUAAAGAUGAAUUUGAAAAUAUUCUUAAGGUAAAACAUAUAGGUUCCCUUUCUAGUGAUGUAAAAAGUAAUAAAGAAAAUGUUUUAAGUUAUAAUAAUUUUAAUACAUAUAAUUAUGAAUAUAUAAAUAACAACAAAAAUAAUUUAAUUUAUAAAAAUAGUUAUAUAGAUGAAAAAGAAAAUUUUAUAAAUGACAAUAAGUUUUUAAAUAACUUAAAUGAUAAGAACACUAAUAAUUAUGAACUAGUUAAUUUGCAAAAUAAUCAUUGUUCUUAUAAAAAUGAAUAUUGCAACGAAGGAUAUUUUUCAUCCCUAUAUUUAAAUAAUUAUAAUAAUUAUGAAAAAAAUAAUAAUUUAGUAGAUAAUACUCAUUUUUCAUUUUUAGAAUAUAAAAUCUAUAAUCCUAAUGAGAAAAACAUAAUUAAUUAUGAUUUAAAUGAAAAUAAUACAAUCAUUAAUGAUACAACUGAAAAUUCUAUAAUGAAAAAUGAAAUAAAUGAAAAAAAUAUGAACAUUUCAAAUAAUUACAACAAAUUAAUAGAAAAAAAAAAUUUCAGUUAUUAUAAUUAUCAGAGAAAUAAUAAGGAUGAUGAGAUAUAUGUAGACAUAAAAGAUGAAAAUAUAAAAGGUGAAUAUAUUAAAGAUGGUGGCAUGAAAAAUAAAAAUUUGGAUAUAAAUCCUAAUAUUUUAGAUAAAAAAGAAUUAAAUUAUUUUACAGAAGGAGAAAAAUUUAAUAGAGAUAAUGGAAAUGAUGUAAAUAAUAUAAUAAAUAGUGUAAAUGUUGAUUGUUUUAAUUUUAUAAUAAAAUCUCAUAUAUCUAAUAAAGAUAAUUUAAUUAAUUGUGUAUCUAAUAAAGAUUCAGUGGAUAAUUGUAUAAAUAAUAUUAAUGAUGACAAGAAAGAUCUUCAAAUUAUUCAUUAUAAUGAAGAAGAAAAAAGGAAAAUAAAUGAAAAUAUAUAUUCGGAUAAUAUAUAUCAUGAGAGCAUCAAUAAGUUUAUAAAAAAUACAGAUACAAAAAAAUUUGAGAAUUACAUACACAAAAAUAAAAAUAUAGAAAAAAAAGAAGUAAAGAAAAAAGUGCAUAUUUAUAAAAAUAAUAAAUACAAGAAAAUACUAAAUAAUGUAAAUUUAUUGAAAAAAUUCAGUGAUAAUUUUACUUAUAAAUUCAUAGAAGUAGGUAUCUUUUGUAAAUCAUUUAAUAGUUUUUACCAGUGCGAUGAAAUAAUGAAUCGAUAUCAUUUAAAUAUUUUUAAUAUAGUUCAUAACAUCAACACAAAUACAUUUUUCAAUUUUAAUUAUCCUAAUAAUGGGGAUAAUAUUCCAAUGAAAUCAUAUUAUGAAUAUAUUUGCUUAACAUUACAUGAUUUGAAUGUAAACAACUUAAAAAAUAUAGCUGAAAGUGUAAAUUUCAGAAAAUUAAUCUAUAAAUAUUUAAUUUUAGAUUUAUUAAAAAAUGUAAAUAUUGAUUUAUCGGAUUUAUCAUUAUCUAACGGGAGUAAAAAGAAAAAAUUUAUGACAAAUAUAAAUAACGAUUUAAGAACUAUGUUUAACCAAGAUAAAUUAGAUAAAAAUAUUGAUUUAUUAAAAAAUGUAGAAAAAUACCACUUAGAUGCAAUAAACAAUAUUUAUAAAUUAGAAUCUAUGCAACUAUAUAUGGAUAUUUUUGUAAUAUGUAUAAUAAAAAAUACCAUUUCAAGUAAAUUAUCAUUUAAUGAACGAAUUAUGUUAAUGGGAUCACUUUUAUUAUUUUAUUUCAAAAAUAAUUAA